GUGUCUAGUUUCCUGAUCAUGGAUAAUGGUGAGACAACGCGUGCAUAUAUAACUGAAGCCUCUGCUGCUAUUCGAUAAAGCUCACCGUGCCACUGCUUCAGCUGAGUCGCAGUUCGUUCGUGUACUCGUAGUCUUAUUGCCGAAUAAAGGCUCUUCGAAAAUGAAGGUCCUGCUUCUCUGCGGACUCGUCCUCGCCGGUGCUUUCCUCGCUGAGGCUGCCGGUGGUAAAGAACUGUGUGGUAUGAGCCACGAAGGAAUCAAGGAUGUCCUGAAGUGCAUGGCUGAACAUGCACCACCUCAGGUGAAGGAAAAGGCAUUGGGCCUGAUCGCUGAGAAGGGAGACCAAGCAGCCGAGAUUAUUAAGUCGAAAUGCGAGUCGGAUGUUGACUUCGGUGAGAUGGUUUCCGUCGUGUUCUCGGAGAAAGUGGCGGAAGCUAUUAAGGAGGCGUACCAUCAUUGCAAGCCGGCCAUUGCAUAGCGAGCAGCAUCAUUAAGAAAUAAGCAAGACUAUUCUUGUAGUCUUGUGCAGUGCAAGCCAAAAUAAAGGCAGAAGUGGAACGUA